AUGUGGGUAAACAACGCCCAGACCCACGAUCCAGAGAAGACUUUGGAUUCAGCUGCCUGCAGUGUACGGCCACCACCUACUUGCUGUCGUUUUCUUGCAGACGAGGAGUGGCAGCUGGAGGACAGAAGCCACGAUACGCUCUCCGUGGGCACUGACUGCGUGCAGCUGUUGGUGAACGCCCUGGACCACCCCACGUGUCCGCUGGAAGACCUGCCACUGGAAGCCGUGAAGCAGCGCUUACAGUGCCGCGAGCAGCUGUGGGACGACGUGGUGCAGAGGUCGCCCCACAUACCCGUCACCAGCUACCUGGCCUACACGCAGAGGGUAAACGUCAACCUCUGCCUGCUGGCCUGGAUGGCGGUCAACUCGUACGGCAUUUGUCAGGACGUCCCGUUCAGUAUGCUACAGUCCGUGCACGAUGCUCGCUGCUAUUUCGAUAGUCCUGACGAUCAAUCAUGUCUGCAGUCGAACGCUACAGACGCCAUCUGCUCUGUUUCCAGAGCUAUUCUGUUGCUAAAGUGUCGCGACUUUUCCUCCAUUAGGACUUCCUAUAAUUGUACGUUCGUAAGUGUCGGAUUGCCAUUGUUGCAUAGUGGUAGCAGUGUACUGUAUCAAAAGCUAACAGAAGAAACACUGAACUACAAAAACAGUUUAACCAACGCCACCUUGAAAUACAAGGAUUUUAAAAUCGACAGCUUGAAGCCUUUAGAAAUGUCAUUUAUACCGGUAAAUAUCAUUUUCCGUUUUUCGACUGCCGGGGUAUACAUGUACCUUCCCCAGUUACGCAACUUGCCUGGAAAGAUUUUUUUGUCCUUUCAGAUCACGUGCAUAACCCAGAUCCUAUGUUCUGAGGUCGUGUAUCGUAUGGCAGGCGUCCCUGACUUACCUACAGCAGUGCUGAUAGACAGCGCCCUCACACUUCUCAGCUGUAUCUGGCUGAACUCAUUCUGCUACCACAUGUAUGCUUGUGUUCGCCAUCUCAGGCUUCCUAACCAGCUACUACCUGCUGAAGUAAGCCAGUUAUUCCGUCGUGAGGUGCUGUGUGUGUUUAUACCGUGGAGUUUAGUAUGUGUGGCAGCUGUUGCUUUGGAAAAGACGAGUAAAUAUCACCUGAUCCACAGUCGCAUAGUAGUCCUUGCAGCGAUUUCAGUGUCUGUGGCAUUCAACUUGGUUUGUCUCGGACUGCUUGGAUACAUGUACCUACGUACUCGGUGCUCCAUGCGGCAACUCGAAAUUGUUGAUGACAAGAAAUUUGCCUCAAAGAAGGAAUGUCUUUUUAUGUCAGUUAAGGCCAUUAUAUUAAGUGGAACAGGAAUUAUUAUUAGAAUUGGGUUCCACCAGGCUCAGGGAAUAGCGCAGUUUGUGUAUUAUAUGCAUCUAGUUACGAUGGUGCAAGGACCAAUGCUCUUCGUCUGUUUCGUUUGCAAUGGAACGACGCUCCCCACACUGAAGAACAGGAUACUUCUUUGGUGGGACCCAACCAACAUCCCUGCAGGUCUAGAGCUGUGUUCGGCAGCCGAGAGGAAUCUGGCCAGGAGAAACAAUGAACAGUCUCCCUUUUCAGAAUCCUCGCUGUAGCCUCCUUCAGUAUUUUUCGCAAAUAACUGUCUCCACACUACACUGCAUUAAGCCCAGCAAUAAAAAUGGACUCUACCUGGUAUGACAAUAUUAAAUGUCAUUAAAUCUGAUAUCGUACAGCCAGUACUUCUCUUUCCUAACGUCUCCUUCAUUUAUAACUGUGUGCUUAUUUGUGAGUGGUAGCCCCUGUCUACCUAUUCUAAUGCACUGAGACUGCUUACUAAAAUUGUUGGGAAAUGCUUUGUGUAUACAAUAGGCUGCGUCAAUCACACAGCCUGUUAUAUAGAAGGAAAACGCAGCACGUUGUCGGAGAAAUUCCCGUUCGUCAGGAUCAUCUGCCUUGGCGAUGGUGCAUUUCUGGACACAUGUUCGUAGGACGUCUUUUCUCCGUUUUCCGUCGAGGAUCUGUCUUUGCAGUUUGUCGAUUUUAUUAAUGUAUAAUGUAUGAUAUUAGUAUAUAUCAUAUUAUGUCUGAAACAAGGAAAUUUUCCAUAUGUGUGUGAAAGAUGUACUUUUACAUGAUUUGUAAUUCAAGUACCAUGACAAGAGACAUUCAGAUACUUAUAAAAUCAAAAGAGAGAGGGCAAUGACUGAAGUGGUGUGUGCAUGAAAGUGUAAAUGGGUUUGUUGAGCUUAUUAGUGGUUCGAUUACAUAGAGUGGCUCAAACAGGUAUGGUAAUAAAGUAACAGAUGACUUGUGUGAAAUGUGGCUUGAAGUGAACGCAAAGUGUCGAAUGGCAGAGUUAUAUGAGAUUAGCAUUAUUGGGUUUGUGAGACAAGAUGGUGAUUUGUUAAGCUAGAGGUUUGUAAGGGUACUAUGGCAGAUGUUAAAAGUUAAUGUUCCAUGUGCCACUCUUGAGCAAGGAAGAACAUUACUUAAAGGCGUAUUUACAGAGACAGUACUGUGGAAGGAUAAACUUGUGCCAGUACUGUGAGUCCUGGAAAACAUGUGCCAUAGUAGCUUCACUAGAAGCACACA